GGGCAGAUGCAGCUGGGUCUGGGGUACCCCUUGGUGAUGUCACAGCUGCCCACCUGUGUAGGCAUUGCUCCUCAGGCAACCAGGGCAGAGGUGCAUCAUUCCUGCCUUCCUGUGGGGACACCCUCCAGGGCAAGUGGCCCCACAGCGGGCUUCACCAUGGUAUCAAGAGAGCAUCUGGGCCAUGGAACGGCUCUGCUGUGCUGGAGGUACAUGGGGCACCUGCUCUGUGCACUCACCAUCCUGGAGAUUGUCGGGACCUUGGGACUGAUGAUCUACGCACUACUGGUGGAAGCAGGGAACCUGGUCAAUCUCCCCAACAAACGCAUCGGCUUUUACAACUUCUGCCUGUGGAACGAGACGGCUGAGAAGCUGCAGUGCCUGGAAGUCAGCCAUCUGCAGGCCAUGGGAAUCAGCUGGCUAGGAAUAGCACUGGCCAGGGUUUGUGUCUACAUCUGCUCAGUUAUCUGUUUCUUCUACCCCCUUUUCCUUGCAAACGUGAGGUGCACAGACAAGGUAAAGGGCUGGAGGGUAUUGCUCAUCAUACUCAUCACCAAAAUGUUACUUCUAUCUGGAGGCUUAGGUAUAUUUCUCCUCCAAACCUCACCGUGGAUUAACCCCUCCGAUUUUACUGGGGGCUUUCUGGCACUGGUUGGGGUUCUGGCUCUGAUUCUGCUCCAGAUUCUCACUGUCACUAUGUACACCAUCUGGGCCAAGCACAUGAACCCAUGUCAAAGCCCUUUCACUGAAGAGGCCUUGCCCAUUAAAAUCUGAAAAUGAGAUGCAGGAUGAUGUGAUUUAUAACAGUAAUCAUGCUACAGCUUUAAUCAUUGGCAGGAUCCUUAGUCCAAGUGUUCACAUCCAGUGUCCUGGUUUCAGCGAGGACAGUUAUUUUCUUCACUGUAUCUGCUACAAUGCUGUGUUUUGGCUUUAGGAUAAAAACAAUUUUAAUUACGUACCAAUGUUUCAGUUGUUGCUGAGUAGUGCUGUGCAGAGCUGAAGACAUUUCAGGUUUUCAGCAUCUCUGCCAGGCCAGCAAGGGGACUGAGGGGACACACACAACUAGGAGGGGUCAGAACCAGGAGAGCUGCCCUGAACUAAUCAAAGGGAUAUCCCAUACUAUAAAAUACUGUGG